UCGGUCAAUGGCAGGCCGCGGUUCCAAUAAUGACGUCCGUCUCGCGCCAGGCUUCUGAAGGGAAUUCCGGGCCGCGGGACGAAAAAUAAAAUCGCGCCCCUGCGACUCCGCCGCGACGCGCACCCCGUCGGAGAAUAUUCCUCGUGGCCAUGCACGGCGUCCGGACGGCGGCAGCAGUCCCGCGGCGUGGCAUUAAAGGCGCAAAGGCGAAGUAGAGCGCGCCGUCUGCUGGCGAGCCGUCCGUCCGCCUCGGGAUCAAUAAUGGAACGCAUCUCGCAAGGCCUGUGAAUAUCGCGAGUGCGGCGCUCGGGAGGAAUAUCGGGAAAUCCCACUCAUGCGUUGGGCCCUCGCGGCUGCCUCGGAGGGAUAUGACUCCCCUGUAGUGUGUGAAUUACCAUGAAAACCUCAGUGAUGACGGCAAGGGAGGUAGUAUAGCAGGAAACAUGGACCUGCCUGGCGGAGCUGGGCCCGUGAUUCUCUCGUGCGCGUGAAAUGAAACGGGAUUUUCGACAGUUUCCUCCUUAUUUGAACCUUUCCGACGAUGAGUGGACGACCCAGGACGACGAGCUUCGCCGAGGGGAACAAAGGGCCACCUUCAGUUUCCUUCCCGGGGAUGAAAAUAAGUAGUAAAGAUGGCAACAAGAUUACCACAGUUAUUGCCACCCCUGGCCAGGGCUCAGAUAGACCGCAGGAGGUAUCAUAUAUGGACACAAAAGUCAUUGGAAAUGGCAGUUUCGGUGUGGUGUUCCAAGCCAAGCUCUGUGAGACAGGGGAGCUCGUUGCCAUUAAGAAGGUGCUUCAGGACAAACGCUUUAAGAACCGAGAGCUGCAGAUUAUGAGAAGACUAGAACACUGUAAUAUAGUGAAACUGAAGUAUUUCUUCUACUCCAGUGGAGACAAGAAGGAAGAAGUGUUCUUGAACCUAGUGUUAGAAUUUAUUCCAGAGACAGUAUAUAAAGUAGCAAGGCAUCACAGCAAACAAAAACAAACUAUACCAAUCAGCUAUAUUAAGUUGUAUAUGUACCAGUUGUUCCGAAGCCUUGCCUAUAUUCACUCCCUGGGUGUCUGUCAUCGUGAUAUAAAGCCACAGAACCUUCUCCUGGACCCAGAAACGGGUGUUCUCAAACUAUGUGACUUUGGGAGUGCCAAACAUUUGGUUCGCGGAGAACCCAAUGUAUCGUACAUCUGCUCCCGCUAUUACAGGGCUCCAGAACUCAUAUUUGGGGCAACUGAUUAUACCACCAAUAUUGACGUAUGGAGUGCAGGAUGCGUUUUAGCGGAACUUCUCCUGGGGCAGCCUAUCUUCCCAGGUGACUCGGGUGUGGACCAGUUAGUAGAAAUCAUCAAAGUCCUGGGCACACCGACACGUGAACAAAUCAGGGAAAUGAACCCGAAUUACACAGAGUUCAAAUUUCCGCAGAUUAAGUCUCAUCCGUGGCAGAAGGUGUUCCGUCAACGCACCCCAGAAGACGCCAUAAACCUUGUGUCACGACUGCUGGAAUACACACCAUCUGCGCGCAUCACGCCCCUACAGGCCUGCGCGCACAAAUUCUUUGACGAACUCAGGGAUCCAAACACCAGACUACCCAACAAUCGGGAGUUACCACCCCUCUUCAAUUUUACCGAACAUGAAAUCAAGAUCCAGCCAGAGCUGAACAACAAAUUGAUUCCUUCUCACUAUCGAGGUGAGCCGGCAAACAGCAGCAGUGGUGGUGGCUCAUCUGCCGUUGACUCUUCUGAGGGUGCUGCAGCUGCUGCUGUAAAUGAUAAUUGAGAUGGAUGGUGGCCAGCCCAGUCAGCCUCUCCUGCAGCCUCCACACCAGCCUUCCUGCCCCCUUGUGCCUGCAUCCAGCAAUAUCUGGACCCAGCUGUGUACAGAGCUCCAGUUUUGGGAUAAAGCUUGGCCAAGGGGGCUGUGGAGGCCAGUCUUCUUGGGCAGAUAGCUGUACUUCACGUAUGGCUGUAAUCAUGUGGCCCUCAUAAUGUGUAAAGUGUACAUACAUUGAACAUUACUAGUGAAUGACUCUCCCAGGCUUGAGGCACCCAGCAGCCACACCAUUUGCUUGUUAUUGCAUACACUGUUGUGCCAGUGUGGCCCAGCCCAGGUGUCCUUGAUCUGUUGGUAGGAGCUUGGUGCUGAUGGUAACCUUCUGAUUGCCCAGCCCACUGCAUGGUGGUCAUCGUGACCUCAGGGUCAUGGAGCACCCAGCUCCUCGCACACCAGUGGAGCCAGCCUCUGAUGCAUUGUAUUUGUCUUGGACUAUCAUAGUUAGGUCCAUGAUGUCUGCACCAAGUUUUGUAGGCCACUGUUGCAUGGGAGUUUGUAUGCUGUGAUGAGGUGUAUAGUAUGACCAACAGCAAUGUGCUCCCUCUUGAUAUUGUGCUGCCUCCCACCUCCCCUGCUGUCCCCUUGCCUUUUCACCUGCAGCAGCUAGUUCACCCCAAGCCAGUGCUAGUGAUGAGUUGUGAGUUGUUGGUGUGUCACACUGAGUUAGUGCCAAUGUUACUUGUAGUGUCACCUCCGUUGGCCCACCCUGGGCUCACUUUGUUCCUGCUCUUCUGCCAGGGACACCAGCUUCCCUUACAGCCUCAGUGUCUCUGGAAUUGCAAAAAAAAUAAAAAAUAAAAAAAAAAUAAAAAAAAAUAAAAAAAUCAGCUAAUUAUGUAAUAAGAGGCCAGCGUAGGCUUCACUGGCCCCUUAGACAGCACGUACACCACCACUAUACCAUCACCGGUAGAAGGCGAGGACUCCUCUCGUCACUGUAUCCUGUGAUCUGAAGCCAGCGCGAUGUGGAUCUGUAACCCAGAUCCAUGUCUGUCAUGGCAAGGGUUGUGCUGGCCAUGGCAGAAUAGGCUAGGACUGGACGACAUGCUUGUAUUGCUUGCAUGGAAGUCAUCACGAUGAGGUAUAUCGCACACCCCCUCUGAACAAGCUGAUGAACUUAUGGGAAUGGCAAGCAGCCUUUUGCUUGUCUUGUGUUUUAAUGUUGGAAUUAUUAUUCUGUAUAUAGUGUUCAUUUUCACUUUUGCCAUCACAAGUACAAUUCAUACAUAGACAGUUCUUCAGGUGGUCUGUGCAGACAACCAGGUCCCUUGGCCAUCUUGUAGUUCAUCACAAACUAUUUGAAUGGGAGCUACUGUUCAACAAAUCUUGUGUGAUCCUCUGUACUCUUCAGUCGCUGGUGGAGCGGUGUCAGGUGUAUUAAUAGUUUUUCCCCCCUCACCCUUCCAAUUAACCAUAAAGUGUAAGUUAUCAAACAGUAAGAUAUUACUAGUUACACCGAUGGUUCUGCCCUGUGCCAUCCAAUCAGUGACACCUGCAAGGAAGGAAUGCCAUUCAGUGAUUACCUGCUUUUCAUGGGUGGAAUACAGUGAGGUUCACUUUUGAUAUACAGACCAUUAGAGAAGAAUGAGCCUUAUUGCAUUGCUGUCCCAAGCUUGUAAUUACUAUGUAAAGCAUUUGCUCAUGUCAUUAUUUUUUUUAUUUUUUUAUUUUUUGUUUUUUGUUAUUUUAUUUUUUCUCAUAUGAUGUGAUAACCUGAAGUAGGGUGGUUGCUCUUGUUUUUUCUUCAUUUACUUUCUUCUCUUUCUGUAUCUUUUUUUUUUUUCUUCUUAGCAUGGAAGAUAACAUAGUUUUGUAUUAACUGAUGAUUGGUACUGCAAUAUCAAGUCCGAGAGUUUAUAAAAACCCUUUGUAAUGUAAGAAAUUAUCCAUUAUGUGGACUGUACCAGCAGUUUGAGCUUUAACGAUACAUGAGGAUCUUCUUUGUGUAAAGCAAAUAGGAAUAACAGCCUUAUUUUAAUUAAAUCAAAAGUUCAUUACAAGAUACAAGAAACCUCUCUGCAACCAGGGAUCCCCAAAAUCCUAAUUGGAUUUCCUUUAUCUCUGAUAUAUCGGGAGGACUGGAUCCAGGAGACGUGAUUUGGAGUAGGAAAAUCGGAUUUAAUGCGGAAAGACUGAUUUUGAUUUAGGUAUCUUUAUUUUAAGGGGGGGGGGAUCACUGUCUAGUUACAAGUGGUACAAGAAUAGAGGUAUGUGAGGAAAAUCUACCUUAUUUUGAGCACUGUAAAUAUCACAUGGGAAUUGGAACUUUAUUGGACGCAAAUUGGGUUCAAUUUUUUAACAGAGUUCUUUUGAAUAUUUAUUUACACCAAAAUAGGUUUUGGAUUCUUUUCUUUUUCUUUAUUGAUUUCUGUAAAAUAAUCUCCUGAAUAUGGUCCUUCCCUUGACAACUCAAAAGAAAAGAAAAGAAAGGCUUGUCCAAUCCAUGUUGUAGGGCAUUGAGACUUAUUCAGAAAACAAAAAAAAAUUCAUUUCAGAAUGUUAGAGUCCUAGGGCAAGUGAAACAGGAUGGGCUAAUACAUAUAUACAUACAUACAUCUCAUUGCCAAGUUUUUUCUGCUACUCAUCCAGGGCACGAAAUAAUUUCCUUUCAAACCUUGUAGUAAAAAAAAGAAAAAGAAAAAAAAAAAAAGAUAUGAUAAGUUCAGCAUGAAAGAGCCUAUUUGGGGUUUUCAGUGAUUUUACAUUCUAUUUCACCCUAUAAAAUACAGUUUUUUCUUGGACUCCCCAUGAUAAGGCAUGCUGAACAAGUCGGUAUAUACAGAACUGGGCGUUUCUGGGUAUUGCUGCAAGAAAAUCUCAAUGUCAUCUUUGAUUUGUGGCUUGUUCACUCAAUAGAAUGAAACACAAUUUGUGCAGAAGAAAUAUAUAUAGACUGCAACAUUUAGUGAUAGAGGUAGACACUAUUGCUGGGAGGGGACAUGUAAAGAUCAGGUGUGUGUGUGAUUGUGCAGUGGGUUGUCAUAAAGGUAUGAUUAUUGAUGGAGAAAAAAAAAAAUAUGAUGUUUUACUCUAUUGGGUGUUGGAAAUUUGUUGUGCUAAGGAUGUAUAAAAGUUUUGAAGUAUUUACUAAUCCCAAAGUUCCCCUUAUGAAUUUGUAAAGACUGUGCGAGGAUAUACCAGGGUAAGUUUAGCUUAUAAUACCUCAUGUACAGAUUAAAAAAGUGAAGAGCAGCAAGGGUUUAGUUCAUGAUAUUUGAUGUAUUGGUAGAUAAUGUUUAUGCAGAACAGAUCUGACAACCCAGGCACCACAAUAAGGAGAUGUUACCAGUUGACAGAUGAGUUUUGCCGUUGAUAGGUGACUUAAUGGUUUUAUUAUUUGUUUACAUGAUAAGGAGUAUAUCAGUUGACCUGAGAGUUGAAGUGCUCAACUGUCUGUCAAUGGUGUGACACUUGGCCGUGACACUGCUCAAGAGAACACGCUCUGAGAGGAAACCGUUAAUAUAGAAAUUCAUAGGAACUAUUUUGUAAGUCUUCUGUCAAGUCUUUGAAGGUAUCUAUCUAUCCCCCCCCCCCCCCAAGGUUAAGAAUAGACAUUGCUCAAGUUUCUCAUGUUCGUGUAUUUAUUAUUACUGCUGGGGAAGUUUGUAGAAGUUGUGGAUUAUUAUUUUUUUAUUUCCUUAAUGAUAGCCCAUGCAACCUGAAUUGUGUGCGCUUGCUGGUAUUUAAUGGUAAAUUUUAUAUCUAGCAACCCAACAAAGGAGUCAAUGCUCUUAGAUGGAAAAUUUUUCUUCUUCUUUUGUUGUAUAAGCAGUUAUGUUACUGAACCUGGUUAAGAAAAAUAACAACCGUAUGCGUAGAUCUUUGCCGGGAAAGGUCAUUAUCGGUGCAUCUCGCCCCCAGUAACCCCUGUGCUGUAGUUGUUACCUAUAUUGAUCAACCAUGGAAGCGCUGUCUACGUGAGCAGCGUUACGGCCUACUUUUUGAGAGGGAAUCCUAUCCUGAGUCCACCACACCUUAGCCAAUAAUAUUUGUAAUUACCCUAAUGUAAAAAUGUACUCUAAUGCUUAAAGUGUGCUUUUAAAUUAAUGUAGAUGCAACUGUUCUUGUUCUUAUGUUUUUCUUAAUGAAUGUACUUUUAAAUGACAACAUGUAGUACAUGUACUAAGUUUAUAGUAUAAUUGUUUUAAUAAAGAGCAGUUGUAUUACUGUCAUUAUUUGUAUUUGUUUUAUCAUCACGCUGCAGCCUUUUAUUCUUAAUGGAAGGAGGAAAUUGGAGUUUCAGUUGUCCCUCGUUUCCUAGGUUGCGCCUAGCUCUUCUUGUCUCCAAAGAGCGGUCGCAUUCUGACCCCUUUUCCUUUUCUAUGAUAUAAUCUCCUUAGAAGUUUACCCAGAGAGACCCUAGGGACUUUGAGAUUCUAGCAAUGGGGAUGGUGUUACAGGGAAAUGGGACAGAUAUUUAUUUGUGUGUUUGCUUCAGGUGUGAGAUGACAAGCAGUGGAAUAUAGGGUUUAGUUAUGUCCACAUCAAUGUAUAGCCAUCGCAGUGUAGAAAGAAACUAUUAUCAAGUUUCCAAUACUUGUCACUAGAUUAUAUGAUUAAAGUAAACUUUUAUCCAAGAUGGGA